AUAUCGCCGGCUGUCUAUCAACACAAAUAAAAACAACUCGCGCAAAAAGAAGAAACUGUAUUGUUUACGAGAAUUCGAAGAAUAAAAUACAAUCAUUGCAUUCGACAAAGAUGGAUAUCCUUUUGGCCAACGUGAGUGGUCUGCAGUUCAAAGCUGAGCGGGACUUGAUUGAGCAGGUGGGGGCAAUUCCACUACCAUUUUACGGCAUGGACAAGUCCAUUGCGGCGGUCUGCAAUUUCAUCACCCGGAAUGGCCAGGAGUGCGACAAAGGAAGUGCCUGUCCAUUCCGGCACAUUCGAGGAGACAGAACGAUUGUGUGCAAGCAUUGGCUUAGAGGUUUGUGCAAAAAAGGCGACCAGUGCGAGUUCCUUCACGAGUAUGACAUGACAAAGAUGCCCGAGUGCUACUUUUACUCGAGAUUCAAUGCCUGCCACAACAAGGAGUGCCCCUUCCUUCACAUUGAUCCUCAGAGCAAGGUCAAGGAUUGUCCUUGGUACAAAAGAGGCUUCUGUCGCCACGGUCCCCACUGCAGACAUCAACAUCUCCGGCGCGUCCUUUGCAUGGACUACCUGGCAGGUUUUUGUCCCGAGGGACCAUCCUGCAAGCAUAUGCAUCCCCAUUUCGAACUGCCCCCACUAGCGGAUAUUAGCAAGGAUCAACUGCAUAAGAAGCUGCCCACGUGCCACUAUUGCGGAGAGUUGGGUCACAAGGCUAACUCAUGCAAGCAAUAUGUGGGCAGUAUUGAGCACCGCAAUAAUAUUAACGCGAUGGAUCACUCGGGACACUCUGGCGGGCAUACAGGAUACUCUGGACACUCGGGACAUUCUGGCCAGUCUGAAGGCAAUGAGGACAACCCAACCAGUCACCACAGUCAGUCACACGGAUCCGGUUUUGUCAAAGGUGCCUACGCCGUUAGAAGAGAUAACCUGCUACAAGUGUGGACACAAGGGACAUUACGCCAACAAGUGUCCCAAGGGCCAUCUCGCCUUCCUCUCCAACCAGCAUAGUCAUAAGUAGAACGCUCCGCUCUGUAUGAUUAGAUUGUAAGAGUGCAGAAAUAAAGGCCGAAGAGGGGUCCAAACGGCCCACUCAAUGCCCCAGAGAUCUUAGGAUCCUCACUGCCCCGAGGUGAACGUUUUGAUUAUUUUCUGUUUAAUGAGUAUAUUAAGAAAAUCGUCUUACAUUUUCCGAAUAUGUCUCGUCAACUGCCAGUAGAACGUACAUUUUUAACAGCGAAAUAAACUAUUCCAUAAGAAUAUAAAA